GGAUCACAAGUGUAUUGUAAACUAAACAUAAUUAAGUAAUGUUAAAAGUGUUGCCGUUCGUGGUUGCAUUUAGAGGCAGCAGAUAUAAAACCUUGCACAAUAUCCGAGCCGUGCCGCUCUCCAAAACGCAACAGCGGUCAAUACAACAAGAACAACAGCAAGGCAUACGCAGCGAUCGGUGCUACGCAACUUUGGCGGCUAAAAUGAAGAAGGAGAAAAAGGAAAAGCCAGCUGCAGGCGGCGGCGAUAGUCGCAAAGAGCUCAAUCCAUGGCCACAGUACAUCGAGGAGCGAAAUGUCUUCUGGAAUAAAUGCAAGGCCGAGUAUGAAGCCGAAUUGGCAGCCAAGCCGCGCACACCCAUCAAAGUCACAUUGCCCGAUGGCAAGCAGGUAGACGCCACUGCCUGGGAGACAACACCUUAUGAGGUUGCCCGUGGCAUCAGCCAAGGUCUCGCCGAUAAUACCGUCAUAUCGAAGGUGAAUGGCGAAGUUUGGGAUUUGGAUCGUGUGCUCGAGGGCGACUGCACUCUGCAGCUGCUCAAGUUUGACGAUCCGGAAGCACAGGCAGUCUUCUGGCACAGCUCCGCUCACAUUAUGGGCGAGGCCAUGGAACGAAUCUACGGAGGACAUCUGUGCUAUGGUCCGCCUAUUGAAAAUGGCUUCUACUACGACAUGCAUCUGGAGGGCGAGGGCAUCUCCACCAACGACUAUGGCACCAUGGAGACGCUGAUCAAGCAAAUUGUCAAGGAGAAGCAGAACUUUGAGCGUCUGGAGAUGAAGAAAUCGGAUCUCCUAGAGAUGUUCAAGUACAAUGAGUUCAAGGUGCGCAUUCUCAACGAGAAGGUGACCUCAGAUCGCACCACGGUCUACAAGUGUGGCUCCCUGAUUGAUCUAUGUCGCGGUCCGCAUGUCCGCCACACCGGCAAGGUGAAGGCCCUGAAGAUUACCAAGAACUCGUCCACAUAUUGGGAGGGAAAAGCUGAUGCCGAGACACUACAGCGUGUCUAUGGCAUCUCAUUCCCAGAUCCCAAGCAGCUCAAGGAAUGGGAGAAACUGCAAGAGGAGGCAGCCAAGCGGGAUCAUCGCAAAAUUGGCCGUGAGCAAGAGCUCUUCUUUUUCCAUGAACUGUCGCCCGGUUCGUGCUUCUUUCAGCCGCGCGGCGCACACAUCUACAACACGCUGAUGAACCUGAUACGCGGCGAGUACAGGAAGCGCGGCUUCCAGGAGGUCAUCUCGCCAAAUAUCUACAACGCCAAGCUCUGGAUGACAUCCGGCCACUGGCAGCACUAUGCGGACAAUAUGUUCUCGUUCGAGGCGGAGAAGGAGAAGUUCGCAUUAAAGCCGAUGAAUUGUCCUGGUCAUUGCCUGAUCUUCGACAAUCGUAAUCGCUCCUGGCGCGAGCUACCGCUCCGCAUGGCUGACUUUGGUGUGCUGCAUCGGAAUGAGUUGUCGGGCGCUUUGACUGGAUUGACACGCGUUCGCCGUUUCCAGCAGGAUGACGCGCAUAUCUUCUGCGCUCCUGAGCAGAUCAAGAGCGAAAUGAAGGGCUGUUUGGACUUUUUGCGGCAUGUGUACACCAUCUUUGGCUUCUCCUUUCAGCUGGUGCUGUCCACUCGGCCAGACAAGUAUCUGGGUGAACUGGAUCAGUGGGACGCCGCUGAAAAGGCUUUGGCCGAGUCACUCAACGAGUUUGGCAUGCCCUGGAAAGAGAAUCCCGGCGAUGGUGCCUUCUAUGGUCCGAAAAUUGAUAUUACCAUUAUGGAUGCACUGAAGCGUCCAUUCCAAUGCGCCACAAUACAGCUGGACUUCCAGUUGCCCAUUCGAUUCAAUCUCAACUACAUAGCUGAUGAUGGUGAAAAGAGACGUCCAGUUAUCAUACAUCGCGCCAUCCUUGGCUCUGUAGAGCGCAUGAUUGCUAUACUCACGGAGAACUAUGCCGGCAAGUGGCCCUUCUGGCUUUCACCACGUCAGGUUAUGGUCGUCCCAGUGGGUCCGGCUUACGAUGAAUAUGCCAAGACGGUGCGCGAUGAACUCUAUGCUGCCGGCUUUAUGAGCGAAGUCGACUGCGAUGCUGGCGACACGAUGAACAAGAAGAUUCGCAACGCUCAACUGGCACAAUUCAAUUUCAUUUUGGUCGUUGGCGACAAGGAGAGAUCCUCGAAAACGGUGAACGUGCGCACCCGCGACAACAAGGUGCACGGCGAGGUGUCUGUGGCGGAACUGAUUAGCAAGCUGCAGAAGAUACGCGACGAGUUCAUCACAAACGAGGAUAGCUUCUAGGCCACCACGCACCCUGCAUACUCCCCCUAACAAAAUAUAAUUCUCUAUUUAUAUGUAUAUCAAGCUUAUGUAUACCUUAGCGCUUUGCAUAGCAAACGACCGGCAUUUCUUAUUCAGUUGUAUUUACGCUUACAUCAACGAAAUCCUCAAAAUAAAUUAUAUAGCCUCAACACAGAGGCAA